CUUUGGAAUUUGUUCCCAAUUCUGUGAAACUUUGGAAGGCUGCUGUUAAUAUGGAAGAAAAUCCAUCAGAUGCACGCAUUUUGUUGGCACGAGCUACAGAACUAGUCCCUUUAUCUGUUGACUUAUGGCUAGCUUUAGCAAGACUCGAAAGUUAUGAUAAUGCAAAAAAAGUUCUGAACCGUGCGCGUACUCACAUACCUACAUCUCACGAAAUUUGGAUAGCAGCUGCACGACUUGAAGAACAGCAAGGCAAUGAAAAGAUGACAGAUAAAAUUAUAUCUCGUGCUGUUACUGUACUUUCUGAGAAAGGGAGUGUAUUGGGUCGAGAUCAAUGGCUUCAAGAAGCUGAAAAAUGCGAAAAAGAAGGUAGCGUCGGUACUUGUCAGGCAAUAGUUAAGAAUACUAUUGGUAUGGGGGUAGAAGAACAAGAUAAAAAAUCAAUAUGGAUGGAGGAUGCAGAAAGUUGUAUCUCACAUGGAUCGAUCGAAACGGCCAGGGCAAUAUAUGCCCAAGCUCUAAAAACUUUCCCUGGAAAAAAGUCGAUUUGGAGGAGAGCAGCAUUUUUAGAAAAGUCGCAUGGUACAAGAGCUUCCCUGGAAGAGUUACUUCAACGUGCUGUUAGAUUUUGCCCUCAGGCUGAAGUCUUAUGGCUUAUGGGUGCAAAAGAAAAAUGGCUGGCGGGUGACGUUGACGGCGCCCGUUUCAUUUUAACAGAAGCUUUUAAAGCAAAUUCAAAUAGUGAACAAAUUUGGCUGGCUGCAGUAAAACUUGAAGCAGAAAACGGAGAAUAUGAACGUGCGAGAAUGUUACUACAAAAAGCUAGAGAACAAGCAGGCACAGAAAAAAUAUGGAUGAAAUCUAUUGUUUUAGAGCGACAACUUUGUAAAAUUACCGAGGCAUUGGCAAUGUUAGAUGAAGCAUUGAACAAAUAUGAAACAUUUGAUAAGCUAUGGAUGAUCAAAGGUCAAAUUGAAGACGAGAAAGGAGAUUUGCCUGUAGCACGAGAAACAUAUAGCAAAGCUGUCAAGCUUUGUCCAAAAUCCGUUCCUUUGUGGAUACUCGCUUCUCGCCUAGAAGAAAAGGCAGGCCUUUUAAUAAAAGCUAGAGCUACGCUUGAAAGGGGCCGUCUUUUAAACCCCCAGAAUCCAGAUUUAUGGUGCAUGUUUGGGAUUAGUUGA